GUAUAAGUACAGCGAACUGUAUAGAUUCGUUGUGUGCUCAGUGCAGUGUGCAUGAAAGUAAUUCACCUGUGAAUUGAUCAAUUAUUUAUCUGCAUGUGAGAUCGUGAAGUGAUACAGAAAAAAUGGGUUUCUUUGAACUCCUGGGAUUAAUCGUGUUUCUGUACUUUAUCGUUAACAUUUUCCUGUGGAUAUAUUUAGACUCUGAUAUUGAGUUGUUCAUCUGCGAAAAGAUAGGCAAACCGAUCGAUUCUUUACGUGGCAAAGUGGUGUGGAUCACUGGUGCGUCCAGUGGAAUCGGAAAAAGCCUGGGUAUUGUUUUGGCUCGUCACGGAGUUAAAUUAUGUCUGUCAGCCCGCCGUGAAGAUGAGUUGGACAAAGUCAAAUCGGAAUGUUUAAAGGAAUCAUCACUGAAGCCGGACGAUAUUUUCGUACUGAAAAUGGACAUGCUACAGACCGACAAACAUCAGGACUAUUUCGAUCAAGUCAUCAAGCAUUUCGGUCGAGUCGAUGUAUUGGUUAACAAUGCAGGACGAUCUCAACGCGCUCUUUGGCAGAAUAUUGACCUACAGGUCGAUCGGGAAUUGUUCGAUUUGGAUGUCUUUUCCGUUGUGAAUCUAUCCAGAAUUUACAUCAGGCAUGUGGAGAAGCAUUCAUUGGAAGGACACAUUGCGGUCACGUCUAGUACGGCGGGUUUGAUCGGAGUUCCGAACUCGUGCAGCUAUGUUGGCGCUAAACAUGCCAUUCAUGGCUACUUCGACAGCUUAAAGCUUGAGAUACCUGAUUUCAAUGUUACUCUUUUCUGUCCGGGACCCACUACAACCGAUUUCCUCAAAACAGCAUUCACAGAUAAAACGACGGAAGUUUAUGGAGGCAAAGCUGAAGCAAGUAGCAAACGAAUGAGCUCGGAACGGUGCGCAUUUUUAAUGGCAACAAGCAUUGCAAACAAAUUGAACACCAGUUUUGUUGGACCGUUUCCAGUUCCGUUUCUUGCUUAUGUCAGCAUGUACUGUCCCAAUUUGAAAUUGCUCAUCCUGAAGUUAGCGGGUAAAGGAGCCAUGUCUAAGAUCAGAGAUCCAGAAAAGAAGGAUUAGUCAAUAAUUUGUGUUCAGAUCGAGAUUCUUACAAAUAUCAGCAAGUGAGAAAAGUAAUUUGAAAAAUUGUGAUUUCCUUUUUGUAAUCAAGGUUGCAACAAAUGGAAUAAAUUUAAGUUACUUUGUACGG